CACUUUUCUCCUUUUCCCGAUUCCUUCUCUUCAUUUUCAGUUGUCGUCACCUCUCUCCUCCUCCGCGCCCGAAGCAGCGCAACCGCAGCAGCGGAGAAGGGGCCGUGAAACAAGAAACCAAAAAAUGCCGCCGAAUUCUGCCGACAAGACUCUCAACGGCGGCCUCCACCACCACCACCAUCAACACCAAACAAAGCUGCCGCCGCCACCGCCACCAGCAGCAGGAGCGGCGGGGCCUCCACUCCCUCCUCCUCCCUCAGCCGCCGCUUUCGCCCAGCACAGCCACCAUCACCACCGCGGCGAAGGCGGCGGCGGCGGGGGCCAUCACCAUCAUCCUCGCCACCACUACCACCCCUACUACCCUUCCUCCUCCACCUCCUCGAAAGCCUCCAUAAAGGGUUGCUGCUGCUGCCUCCUCCUCCUCCUCUCCCUCCUCUUCCUAAUCGCCCUCGCCGUCGCGCUCGUCGUCGUCCUCGCCGUGAAGCCCAAGAAGCCCCAAUUCGACCUCCAGCAGGUCGGGGUCCAGUACAUGGGGAUCAACACCCCGACCCCGACCCCCUCCGACCCGGCAGCCACCGCCUCCCUCUCCCUCGCGAUUCACAUGCUCUUCACCGCCGUCAACCCGAACAAGGUCGGGAUCAAGUACGGCGAGUCCAGGUUCACCGUCAUGUACCGCGGAAUCCCGCUCGGUAAGGCCUCCGUCCCUGGGUUCUUCCAGGAAGCGCACAGCGAGCGGAAGGUCGAGGCCACCGUGGCCGUCGAUCGGUACAGCUUGAUGCAGGCGGAUGCGGCGGAUUUGAUCAGAGAUGCUUCGUUGAACGACAGGGUGGAGCUCCGGGUUUUGGGUGAAGUCGGGGCUAAGAUCCGUGUCUUGGAGUUCGAUUCCCCUGGUGUUCAGGUCUCGGUGGAUUGUGCAAUCGUGAUAAGCCCGAGGAAGCAAUCUCUUACAUACAAACAAUGUGGAUUCGAUGGGUUGAGUGUCUAAUUAGUUUCAUCCAUAGUUGAUUACUAUAUUGUGAGCACGAAUUAAGGUGCCUCGUAUCCUUUCUCCCGGUCAGACGACACCCUGAAUCCUGAACAUUUAGAAGAAGAAGAAGAGAUCAGCAGAAGGUGCAGAGAGGGGGGAAGAAGAACGAUGGCGAGCUUAAGAAAGAGAGAGAGAGGGUGGAAGAAAGAAGCCGUGAGCUUCUCUCGCAGGCAGCACAUGCUUGGUGGAAAAAGCAAAGCUAACUCUGUUGGUAGUGGUGGGCUAGUGGAUGGUGCUGAAGAGAAGAGAUUAUAAUGAUUACUACUAUAUUAUUAUUUACGUUUCGGAAAAAGCUGUUUUGGGAAGGUGGGAGAAAAAUGGCGAAGGUCAGAUCUUCCUCCUUUGAUGAUUUUUUUGGGAGAUUAUUUAUUUUCAUAGAUUUUUUUUUUUUUUUUGUACUCCAUAUGGGUUUACUUCUUUCUGAAGGAAUUCUCAUGGAAUAGCGGAGGAUAGAUGGGAAAUGUUGACAACAUCAACAUGUAACUGUAAGAGCUCGAUUUUUUGUCCACUACACUUCCUUUCCCUCUUUUCUUUGCAUCAAUUAUCCAACCCUCUCAGGUUAAUAAUGUUGCCUCAAAUGCAUCAACUUGGGUGAUUUUAGUUUCAAAUUGACUAACGAAUAACGAUUUAGUAUGAUUGUAAUGAUUUAGUAUGAUUGUAAUUCGUAUUUUACUUAUGUUUGAGCCAAGAUACACCUUCCCACCUUUGCUUCAAUACCGCGGCUACCCCCGGGUCGAGCGCCUGAGACCUGCACACACAAGCGCCUAAAGGGCUCUGGUCGGCCCAUUAGCACUCCAACGCUCAAGUCAAUGCACCUUUCUAGAGAGAUAAGUGCUGGGAAAGAUUUUAGUGAGAGAAGCCAACCUGCGUAAAUGCUACCUACCGAGUACUAUUUAUACUUGCCAAGGUCCCAACGGUCCUCCUGGCAUUUAAAUCCACGUCAUCCCCUCAUUUAAUGCAUGGUACGGUACAAUGGUCAGGCGCCUAUACGUGGCCGCCUCAGAACACCCCAAAAGGGGGCGCCCAGCAGGGACCACAAUCGCCAGGUGGCUCCUUUCCUUGCUCGUCCUUCUGUACCACUUGUCUUCAUGCUUCUUUUGUCGUCAUGCGCCUGCCCUACGCUGAGAACCCUAACCUAUUGUUUGGGCCUGUUUCACCAUUUCAUCCUCGUGGGCUUGGGCCUAUUCAUACUUCCCCAACAACUUACACUCUUCUCGAGUUGGAUUGGGCGGGUGGCGAAUGCAUGUGAUUAGGUUGUGAUUGCGGGUUAACCUGCAAAUGCAAUUUCCGAAUUAAGAUUAGACAAGUUGGCUAGCAUUUACAAUAAAUUUCUUACAAAUUAGUAAGAUUGUAGCAAUUUCUACACCUGUCAUUUUAAAUGAUGUCUAGUACUUGUAUCAAAUUUUUUGUUACCCCAUCAACCAAUUGUGCAGAGAAAGUUGACACUUUUUGUGACUUUGAUACAAAAAAUAAUUUAUAAUGUGUAUCUCAAUAUGUUGUGGAUAUUACACAACAUAGAAUCCUAUGGCAGUUGUACAAAAAUAUUCUUUAUUUUCACUUUUAUAAGCGGAUGGUCAGUGCAUUUAUAAAAUAGAAAGAUCAUUCGGUAGUAUAAAUAAGAAAUAAUUUUUUUCCUAGUGAAAAUGUGGUGAGGGUCAUUUCUUCAGGUGGCCCGCAACCCACCCACCAGAAUAAGUGUGGACAAGAGGUUUAUCUAUCCACAAUCCACCGACAUCUCACUCACCCAUUGUGGUUAGGGAUGACAAUGGGUCGGGGUUGGAGCGGGUUAUUGCCAAACCCAAACUCAUGGGUUUAUCCACCCAAAAAAUCCGGGAUAAAAUCUAUUGGAUUUA